AGAGGUAAUGAUCGGUAAAUGAAGAAAUUUCUGUUUCUUGUCUUCUCGAUAAAUUAUUGUUGUGAUGUAAUAUAAACAAAGAUAUGCAAUCUAUUAUUAGUUCGUAAUUGUAGCAGAAUCCUCAAUUGGAAAUAACAUCACCGUAAAAUUAGAUAUUUGUGUGCCAAAUUGUGUUAACAAGAUAUUUAGCAGUCAGUGCAAAAAUGAUUACAAUUCUGUCUUGGGCAUGAUAGAUUAUAAGUUCUUCCUUCAAAACGCAUUGUUAUUGAAGACCUUUGACUUCAGUGAGAUAUCUUCUUCGAACUCAUUUAAUGCUUGCUAUAUGUAUAACUAGUACAAAACAACUCUGCUCGGAACUUUAGUUGACAAAUCUGUCCAUCAUACUCGAACGUAGUGCUCUACGAUCGAUUUCUCAAAAACAUUAUUGUGAUAAAUCAUGUUUCCUGUGGUUCUGUUUUUGUUCGUGUUUCUUGUUGCUGUUUCUUCGUUGCCGACAGAAACUUAUAGACAUGAUUCGUUGGAUUCGUUGAAGUUGGUACAUGUGUUCGUGAGGCACGGAGCGAGGUAUCCUCAACGUUCAGAAAUAUAUCCACAUGAUCCACAUAAGUUUCUGCAUGAGGACCUGGGACAAUUAAACAAACUCGGAAAAGUGAAUUCCCACAAAGUCGGCAAAUUCCUGAGAAAACGUUAUGGUUCCUUUUUGGGGGAUGCGUAUCAAUAUGGAGUCGUCCGAGCCACUAGCACUUCCUUACCAAGAACUAAAAUGACGGCUCUUUUAGUUCUCGCUGGUCUCUUUCCACCUACAGCAUCAGAACGUUGGAGUGAUGAAAUUCCAAACUGGCAACCAGUACCUUACAAUUAUCUAGAUGGACGCGAUGACACGUGGUUGCAACGUCCAACGAUGUACUGCCCGAGGUACAAAAAAGAGGUGGAAAAAGCACAGAAUUCCCCUGAAGUCGAGAAACUACUAAAACAACAUGCUAACACCUUGGACUACAUUAAGAAUAAGACUGGAAAGAAUAUCGGAGAUCUAGAAACAGUUUUUAGGCUUUAUCAACUCUUCAGUUCUGAAGACUCACUGAAUUUGGAACUGCCAGGCUGGGCCACCCAAGUUUUUCCCUAUUUCGUUCUUAAUUUGACUUUGCAAAGAUAUAUAUUAGAGAACUCCAAUAACUUACUCAAGAGAUUGAGUGGUGGACGAAUGCUGAGCAAAGUAACAAAACACUGGAAUGAAAAAAUUAAUGAUGAGAUAUAUCCCACUAAUACAAAAUUGUUACUCUUUUCAAUCCACGAACAUAACCUAGUAAAUCUCAUGUUUGCUUUAGGAAUAUUCAAUUACGAAUUUCCGAACUAUUCUUCAGCCAUUAUUUUGGAACUUCAUCAAUUCAGGGCAAAUGAGGAGUAUUCAGUUCGAAUUCUUCAUCUUGUAGAUGUCAACAAACCACCUGAAGUAAGGAAAUUGAAAGACUGUCACGAAAUGUGUCCUAUGAAUAUAUUUUUGCGUUCGAUUGAUAAUCUAUUGCCAAGAAAUUAUACUCAGGAAUGCGAAUCUGAGCGUAGUUUAGAUCGUCCAGAAUGGAGACCACCUCCACAUGGAAAACAGAGAGGUUGAAGGUCUCUAUUCCCCUCAAAAAAGAUUUGAUGUAAAAAAAAGUAAUUAUCAUUUAAAUUCACAUGUUUGCAAAUAUUUCAAAUCAAAUUAUCCGAAUUCUGAUUUGAAACAAUUUCCAGUUGUUGGAAGAAAACUAGGAAACUUGAAAAAUACUUGAAUGAAAAACACUUUCUCUAAAUAAUGUAUCGUCUUUGUAUUCCAGCAUCUGGUCAGACUUCAUCACAUAUUUGUAUCUUCGACUACAUAGGUUUCAAUAUAUUUAUUAUCUAUUUCAUUAUAUUAUAAGCUAGUCAUAAAUAAUAAUAAUAACUGAAUUUUUUUUAA